AUGAACACAACCAAAAUACUUUAUUCCACUGUUUUUAUUCUUGUUGUCUUUGCAUUUAUUUUUCAUGUUACUGCUAUGGGUUAUCAUCAUUGGAAAAAAGCAAUUGCAAGGAUACCUAAUGCAGGUCGCCGUAAUGAGACAACUAUUGGAUUGUUUACACGAUGUAUACCAUCGGCAACGAAUCGAACAGAAAUAUGUUUUCCUAAUAAAUAUCCAAUGAAUGUUAGCUGUGAUUGGACUGAUUGUCUACCAAGAACUUCAAAUGGAGGUUGUCAAUGUGAUUUUUUACCGUCGACAAAAGGUAUUGCAGUAUGUACAAUAAUAGCUUCAAUUUUUCUUGGUCUUUCGAUUAUUCCUCUAUUUAUUCGUUCGAUAAAUACAAAAAAAAAAAAUUUAAUAGGUGUAUGUCUUAAUUUUUUUCCAAUUGUUUUACUUUUAUUGGCGUUCAUACUUAUACUUGUUGCAUUGAUUCUUGUUGGAAGUUAUUUAUCACGAGAUAUAAUGCAUGCUAUUCGAACACGAAAUAUUGUUAUCGAUUUAGAUUCACUUCGACAAACAGCUAGACGUGACUACGAAAUACGAGUCGAUUGGUCAACUGGAUUGGAAAUAAUUGCCUUAGUUUUAACGUUCUUCUCAUUUAUUUUCUACAGUAUCAUUGUUUUUAAAAUUGAUCAACCAUCACAAAAGGAAAGACUAAACAAUAAUAACAUUAAUCAAGACUAA